AUGAGCUCUAUACCACGGUCAAACUCAGUAUCCUCGUCUGUGCCGUCGACCGCCGGCACGACGAUGGAGAAUGAUAAGAAGAGAAGAGGCAACAUCAACGACAAGAUUCAGCAGUUAUUGUCAAUGAUUCCGCCGGAGUACUUUCAGGACUAUUACCGCAGGUCGGAUUCGAUAGACUACGAAAACAGUCAAAUGACCCCCGGCGGGAGCAUCCUGUCCUCUGCUGGCAUGAGUUCCAAGAACAAAGGAACGGGAACCAAGGACGGUAAACCAAACAAGGGCCAGAUUUUGACGCAAGCAGUGGAGUACAUCUCCAAACUACAAAACCAGGUUGACGCGCGCAACCGAGAAGAAGUGGAACUUAUUUUGCGAGUGAAAGAGCUAAGCAAGAAGACCGGUGUGGCUGUCGACGACAUUAACCUUGAAAACACAAGUGCGGAGGUCGCGUUGGCUAAAAUUGGCGUAGGGCCACUGGCAGGCGUCUCUGAACCGUACUACGGUUCUGGAAAUCAGAAAAACAACCCCGCUGACUACGAAGGGUGCGAGGAGUGA